AUGACAGGUAGCGACCUGAUCCUCUACAGCACGGAAGAUGGCCUGGCGCAAUUCUCGCUGCGCCAAAUGGACGGUCAAGUCUGGUUGACGCAACUGGAAAUGGCUGAGCUUUAUCAGACCAGCAAGCAGAAUAUCGGUAAGCACAUUCAAGCGGUGAUUACUGAUGGAGAGCUGGCUGAAGGGGC